AUGAGAAAUUUCAAAAAAUUAAAUUUGCAAUUUUUCUAUUCAAGACGAACAUUAUUUGACAAGGCUGUAAUAAAUGGAAUCAAUGAAAAUUUUGAUAGAACAAAGUUCGUAGAGGGAGAUACAGUAAUCUUACGUGAUACUGCGAAAAAAAUUAAAGGUUCAAGAAAAUCAUUAAUAGGACCUUUAUCUAAAGGUUCAAAAACCGAAAAUUUUUGUGGGAUAAUUUAUCAUGAUUCUAUAAUUGGAAUAUCCAUACGUUCUGUUAUUAAAACUAAUAAAGAAAAAUGCUUUACAAUUCAUUUUCCUACGUUGGAUGAAUAUGUAUCAAUGUUUUCAAGAAAUACCACACCAAUAUAUCCAAAGGACGCUAACACUAUAGUUGCACUUCUUGAUUUACAUCCAUAUUCAAGAAUAUUAGAAGUAGGUACGGGAAAUGGAUCUUUAACGUUAUAUUUAGCAAGAGCUAUUUAUCCAACAGGACAUAUACAAACCAUAGAUAUAAAUGCAGAAAAUAUUCGUAAAGCUCAAAAAAAUAUUAAACAAUAUUUUCGUGGAAUUUAUUAUGAUAAUAUAACAUUCAAUAUCGGGUCUUGUUCUGAAAUAUUAUAUUCAUUAUCCGAAAGAGUCGAUGGAAUAAUAUUAGAUUUACCUGAACCUUGGUUGGAAUUACCUUCAAUUAUACCAAAGUUAAAAUUAGAUAGAUUUAUAGUAUGUUACUUACCAAAUAUGACUCAAGUAUUAGAAUUAAUUAAAGUUAUUAGAGUAAAAAAAUUAAAAUUAGCUACAGAACAAGUAUUAGAAAUACAGUGGAGACCCUGGGAGGUUAGGUCUACCGUCAUUAGAAGUAAAAUGGAUGAAAAUAUUGCCUUUUCUAUAGAUAAUUUAGUUAUGGAGAAUAAAAUACCCGAAAAAGCUUUGGCUUAUGUCUGUAGACCUAUUUGUGAUAAUACUACUGGUCAUACUGCUUUUUUGGUACAAUUGAAAAAAAUUGAUGAAUAUAUAUGA